GGAUUUUAGUCGCGGCGUUGCAAAUAAGAGAACCAGAAAGUCACUAAACCUUUUAUCCCGAUGGAAAAUCAGAAAUUUUAAAAGAUUGCAUCAAAUGUGAAAAGAAAUGUCUUUGCUUGGCUUAUUAACGACGGUUAGAACUAAUAUAAGAUAUACGUACGCUGCUUGGACAACAUGUAGGAAAUCCUCUUCGCAAUCAUCGAGCUCGAGUCAUACCGAUUGUUACGAAGACGAUAUCAAAGAAAAAAUUUUAGCUGCUUCCUUGCCCUUCGUAGUCGAACUAGGAUGGUCUCGAAGCGCUCUGGGCGCUGGCGCCCAAGCCGUCGGCUACCCUGGAGUUACCCAUGGCCUUUUUCCCCGCGGAGGCGCCGACUUAGUCCUGUAUUUCCAAAGAACUUCCAACUUAAAUCUAGUUGAAAUUCUAAAAGAGAUGGAAAUCAAACAACGCGAGUCGCCGAUCCCUCCAGCCCUUUUUGUGGAAAAUGCUCUCCAAAGCCGUUUGAAGAUGAUUAUUCCUUAUCUCAAUCGGUGGCCACAAGCCAUUGCCAUAAUGUCGCUGCCACCAAACGUACCUAAGGCUUUAGCGACAAUUUUGACUACGGUCGAUGAUAUUUGUUACUACGCCGGUGACCGGUCGGUAGAUUUCAACUGGUAUGCAAGAAGAUUAGGUGUGGCUGGUGUAUAUAAAGCGACUGAAUUGUACCUGAUACAAGACACUUCGCCUGAGUACGAAGCUACGUGGAAGUUCCUGAAUAGGAGGUUAGCCGAAGCAGUGCAAAUUCACGAAACUUUGUGUAAAAUGGAUUUGGGAAGCGCGGGACCCAAGGAUGCAGUCACGUCUGCUUUUGUAACGGCGAGAAAUAUUCUAGGUUUGAACUGGAGUAGGUAGUAUUUCAAAUUUAGCUAAGAAAUUAAUUGUUCUAAUUACUGUUGUUGGUAUCUGUGAAAGUAGUUUUAUAUAAAAAAUUACAAUUUCAAACAUUU